AAAAUUACAAAAAUCCCUACUCUCUCCUAUUCUAGAUAAUCACUUUACGCGAUUAAUCGAUCGAAUACAUUACGCGAAGUAUCGGUCGAAUACAUCACUUUACGCGAUGUAUCAAAACAUAGGAGAUGUAUCGAAAAAAUGUUGAGUGAAGUAUCCGAAACCGAGAUGUGAUGUAUCGAAACGUUGAAGGAUGUAAUCUGAAUUUGGGACGCAAUGUAUCAGGUUAGCCCACACCAUUUUUACAAGGUUGAGGCUCAAAUAAUUCUGGUCCACACACCUGACCAGACCAUUUCCACUUCACUUAUUUGUAUUUGUAUUACUCCAAUCUCCCUCCCUCUCUAAACCGUAACCAGAAAAAUCAUGUGGGCCGCGAUGAGCCUUUCAGUUGCCGCACCGGCACCAUUCGCCACCACUAAACCGGCGGCAAAUCGCCUUUCGGCCGGAUCUCCGAGGAAGUUUCAGCUCUACUCGCAGCUUAGAAACCUCGACUUAGCAUAUGCGGCGGAGCAAACGCAGCAAAUUCGGAAGAAAUCGCAAACAAAUCAUUUAGGUUAUAGGGCGGAGCAGAAGCAGAAAUUUUGGAAGAAAUCACAAACAACGCACAUACAACAAGCAGAAGAAGAACAAGUAGAAGAAAAACAUGUAGAUUCAAAGGAUGAAGAAAAGAAACUGACCGGAUUUGACGUAUUGCAGGCACUGGAAAAAGCAACGGCACGGAAAAUGAAGAAAAAGAGAAAUGGAAGAGAUGGUUCAUUGUUAACUAGUAGAAAAGUGAGUGAACAAACAGCUGCAGAGAAUGAAGCUACGGCGGAUUACGGUAACAAAAUUGUUCGACCAUUGAGCAUAAGAGAAGAUUGGGGAACUCGUUUAGAUCAACUGGAAAAAAGACUUGAACAACUUGUAGAUACAAUAGCUUGAAUAUGCACAAUUGCUAAUACUAAACAUACAUACACAUAAAAAACAAUUGUUGUUUUUAGUGUAUUAUUAUUCCCUCUAAUUUAUACCUAUAGUGAUAGAUUAUACUUAUAAGAUAUAAAUAUAGUUUGAUCUUUUGGGAUCUUCAAUA